AGUUUAAUACUCUUAAUUAUACACAGAAAAAUGAAGGAGAACACAAAACUGUUGACCAAAAAAAAAAACUAAAAAACUGUUGUAACAAUUCCGUGAUUAUCUCUCCCGUUUCCUGUGCUGCAUUUUGUUUCUUUAGACCUUUUUUUCUUUCUUUCUUGUAUCAUAUGAUCCUUGUCGUGAAUCGUGAUUAGAUUGGAAUUUUUAUAAUAUUAGUAGCUCUUCUGUUCUUCCUGCAAUCUACUUUUUUUUUCCUUUCUUGUGGGAUUUUUGGAGCUCAAUUUCUAGAAUCUCUUCUCUCUUUCUCAAACCAGCUCCUCCUUUGUUUGAGAAAAAAAAAGAAAUGACUUGUUUCUCUUGUUUGCAUCCUCGAACCAAGGACAUACGAGUCGACAUUGAUACCGCUCGAUGCGCAAAACAAGAUUCAUCAGUUUUUGGUAGUGAUACAACAGGAACAGAGUCGAUGUCGGGUAUUUUAGUAAACGGAAAGGUGAAUAGUCCAAAAACCGGUGGUGGAGCUAAGAGUUUCACUUUUAAAGAGUUAGCUUCUGCAACAAGAAACUUCCGUGAAGUUAAUCUUCUCGGAGAAGGAGGCUUUGGUAGAGUUUACAAGGGACGUCUAGAUUCAGGACAAGUGGUGGCUAUCAAGCAAUUGAAUCCAGAUGGGCUUCAAGGGAACCGAGAAUUCAUAGUUGAAGUUCUCAUGCUUAGCUUAUUCCACCACCCCAAUCUCGUUACACUCAUCGGUUACUGUACUUCUGGUGAUCAAAGACUUCUUGUCUACGAAUACAUGCCAAUGGGAAGCUUAGAAGACCACCUCUUUGAUCUUGAGUCAAAUCAAGAACCAUUAAGCUGGAACACACGUUUGAAAAUCGCGGUUGGUGCGGCUAGGGGUAUAGAGUAUCUUCACUGCACAGCUAACCCGCCAGUGAUUUACCGCGAUUUGAAAUCCGCAAACAUACUGUUAGACAAAGACUUCAGCCCCAAGCUGUCGGAUUUCGGACUGGCGAAACUCGGUCCUGUAGGAGAUAGAACUCAUGUUUCCACACGAGUCAUGGGAACUUACGGUUACUGUGCUCCCGAGUACGCUAUGAGCGGGAAACUAACCGUUAAAUCGGAUAUCUACUGCUUCGGUGUAGUCUUGCUUGAGCUGCUUACCGGGAGGAAAGCUAUUGAUUUGAGUCAAAAGCAAGGCGAGCAGAAUCUUGUUGCUUGGUCACGUCCAUACCUAAAGGAUCAGAAGAAGUUUGGGCACUUAGUGGAUCCCUCUCUCCGAGGAAAAUACCCAAGACGCUGUUUAAACUACGCUAUUGCCAUAGUUGCAUUGUGUCUGAACGAAGAAGCUCACUACAGACCGUUUAUAGGUGACAUAGUUGUUGCACUUGAGUACUUAGUCGCGCAGAGUCAAUCUCAUGAAUCUCGUAACGUCUCCUCUACGUCACCGGAGAUCACAAGAACUCCACUGCAUGGCUCAUAGAAACACAAAAAUCUUGGCUUCUAAUAGUAACAGAGGAAACCGCACUAUGCCACAGUUAAAUAGUAAUAAAUUCUACAUAUACAUAUAUCUAUUAUU